UGCUGAGUUAGUUCAGUCACAGCUAUCACCAGGAUUUGAUUUUGAGUUACAUUGAAUUUGAAGUAGCAUUAGUUUAUUAGUAUACUAGAAUGAUUAUUAUUAAGAGAAAAAAGCAGUAAUAUUCUGUUGGUACAGUAUGAGGGAUUUCAAAAAUUUUUGCAAAUCGAACAAGUGCACCAUAGUUAGAGAUAGACACUUAUGCACAUGGAUCAAUUCCAAGUGUCUGCAGCUGCACAGCCUGUAGAGGUGUCUGAAAAUGGGAGAACAUCUGGACAACAGGUGGCAGUGAUGCAGAAUCUUCAGGCUCCAGGAUCUGUUCAAAUUAAUACACAACCACAAGUGAUCCAAGUGUCACAGGCUGGUGGAAACCAGGUACCAGUGCAACUCAUCUCCACUGGUCAACAGAUAAUGGUACAAGCUCUUGCUCAAGAACAAACCAGCCAGAUACAAGGACAAGCUGGUCAACAACUACAGCAGAUUCAAGUUAUUCCAAUUAGCCAAGUUCAAGGUCAGCAGAGUCAACCUCAACAAAUCAUUAUCCAACAGCCUCAACAAGGGCAGAUUAUCCAGACAGCUGAUGGCCAAACUUUGUUUUAUCAGCCAGUGGCUGUAGAUGGAACAAGUUUUGUGCAGAGUCCAGGAGGAAUUCUUCAGAUACCGGCUGCCUCUGUUGCCCCACCACCACCUCAAGUUGUCCAGCAACAAACAACAACCAGCACAGCAGGCGUAAGCACACAGGCAAUUUCCAUCCCAUCUACUGGAAGCUUACAAUCUGGAAACAUUGUGAUGGUGGUACCAGGAACAGGAGGGUUACAAGCAGUGCAACGGUUACCACUUCCUGGUGCUGAACUGUUGGAAGAGGAGCCGUUAUAUGUGAAUGCCAAACAGUAUCACCGAAUAUUGAAAAGAAGGCAAGCUCGUGCCAAAUUAGAGGCUGAAGGACGAAUCCCCAAAGAAAGACGAAAAUACCUUCACGAGUCAAGACACAGACAUGCAAUGAACAGAAUUCGUGGAGAAGGGGGUAGAUUCAAUUCAGGUUCUUUUAAACAUUACGGAAAUGGGGAUGAUGAAGACACCAAGAAUUUUAUUGGAAAUAAUGAUAUUAGUAGUACAGCACUAAAAAUUGCCACAGAAUCCCAAACAAGCUGUGAUUCUGACAGUGGUUCAGUGAGCAAUGGUUUAUCAGCACCACUGGAUGCUAGCAUUGAGAUGGCACUGUAUACAACUGUGGCAUGAAGAUUUGAAAAGCCAGCAAUGGAUAGAAUGGAAGAUCAACACCUAUCAAUGAAAUUAUAGCAAGUGAACUUAUUUAUACUUCAGGAGAUUCCAAUUAAUUCAUAGCUCCUUGAAAUUAAUAGUCUGCAGUUUGGAAAAUGGCAGAAUAUAGCAUUUUUGUUUUUAUCUUUAUCAAUAUAUAUGUUGAAAGGAACCACGUAUGGGCCUCCACCUAAAAACUUAUUCACAAAGCUCAAUUUUCUUUGAAAGUAUUCAAGAGAAUUGAAAUUACAUGGUGACUUAGGCCUUCUGCAUAUAUAAAAAUAUUUUAAUAUCACUUACAUUAUUAUAUGUUGUGUUGUUCAUCCUACACUGUAAGUUUCUAGUAUUUAUGUACAUCUAAUUUUUUUUAAAUUCAGAUAUUUUCUCUCUCACUGACAGCAGUUAAAAAUAUUUAGUGACAUAACUUAAUUUUGUACUUUUCAAUAUAUCAGUGUAUAUAUUAGUUUGAAAGACCUUGCAACCUAUUUGAUUAAAUUGUAAGUAUUUACAAUUAUAAUUGUUAACAAGCAUACAUUGUACCCUACUUAAAUUGUUUCAAAGAAGCUACUGAAAAGCAAAAGUAUUAGAUGAUUUACGUUAUCAUAAGUUAUAUAAAAAUGGCUGUUAGUGCCUAACUCUUGCCGAUUUAUUAGCUGUCAGAAAAACUUCAGUGUAUUUAAAACUACUUUGCUGUGUGCAUAUUUACCUACAGGUUUUGUACUGUAAUUAGAACCUUUGUAGUUCCCCCUAUCAAUAUGUAAAUUAUAACACAUUAAGCCCUGAAAUAUGAUAAAUGUCUAAUAAAACAUCUUUUAUUUUAGUGGAACAAACUAUUUGACACAAGGUAUUCUUACAUGGUGUUAUUUUUGAAAUCAUAAAUUGUAAUUCAAUUUAGAAGUUCACUAAAAUGAACAAAAUUCAACUGCCAACUGAAUUGAAAAUUGUUUUUGAUCAGUGUUUUGUUCAACUGUAAAUUUAUGCAAGUUGAAAGGGGUUACUAAUAAAUUUUUACUUUCAUUUGCUGCUUAACUUCAUAGAACAUAAAUCUUGAAUCUCGUACAUGUAAUUAACUUAAAGAAAUAGCAUUUAUGUUUAAUAAUAAUGUAAUUACUAAUAGCAUUACGAAUUCUUAGUUCACAUAGGGUGAAAUAGUGUAUGAUUCUUUCUACACGGGACUUGCCUUUUGUACUUGCUAUCAAAUACUUUUUAUAUUGUAAAAUAAUCUUCAGGACACUUUCUAUUAAAUAUUACAUCUUAAAAUUUCUCAAUUUAUAUAGAAAAGUUGUCUGAUUUUCUUAUGUAUUUGGUUUAAUCUUGUGUAAGUUUUAGUAUCACUAUAGAAUAACUUUCUUGACAUAUGCUUUAAAUGCCAUUAUUAGGUGUAAUAAGUGUUCAUAGUUACUCGAUUUGUAAGGUUAUCAUGAAAAAAAUUGGAGGAUUUUUAUUUAUAUUCCUGUUUAUUGGUACAAUAUGAAUAUAAAUAUCCUGGAAUUAGAAAUGUAUUUAUACUUGUUUUCAAAUAGAUUGAUGGAAAAUCAUAUUAAAUUAGUUUUCCUGCUAUAACCCAAUUAAAAAAACAACUUAAGUAUUAAAUGCACAUUUAUGUAUUCCGCCACAAAAAAAAAGGCUCAUAAUUAAAUUUAAGAAAAGGAACUUUAAAUUGCAUUGUACUUAAUUAUACUGGGUGUGGUCUGCAUGCCAAAACUGUGAAUCUUUAUGAAUGAGUUUAUGGUUUGUAUCCCAUUGCUGCAAAAAAAUGCUACACAAUUUUAGGAGCAUUGAUGUAAUGUAAGUGAUAGUAAAAUCCUAUCAUUUGGUUAGACAAGAGUAGCCCGAGAGUUUAUAGUGGGUGACUGCUCACUAUAGCCCAUAAGUUCAAAAUUAUGUGCAGGUAAUUCUUUGUGUGAAAGUUUUAAAACAAGUACUUUUCAAAACAUUCUGAUAUCAAAAGUUUAAAGUUGUUCUACACAAGACUUAGUUUCUGGAAGAAAAAAAAAAGCUGUUGAUACUUAAAUAUAUUUGAAUACUAUGGUUUUUAUUAAAUGUUGGACCCAAAUUUUUUUCUUUUUUUGCUUUCUAUUUUGUUUGUUGGAGAAAGGACUUAGUCUAAUACAGUUAGGAAUGUGUUGAAUCCCCAUGUUGGAAAUUUUAAAGUUUUCUUAACCUUUUUAUUAUUUUUAUGAUUCUUAAGAUGGAACUUGAAAGCUGCCAGUUUUCAACAUACAUAUUAAACAUAAACCAACACUUGGAUCUGUUUAAAUGUUUGAAGGAAUGCAUUAUGUUACAAAACUUUGUGUAUUUGUACAAACGUAGUUUUCAAUAAAAAAUGUACAUAACUUGUU